UAGAGGAACCCCUAAAGUUUUGUAUGAAACUGCUAUUAAUAUAGCCCAUAUAGUAGAAAACGGAACCUUCAAAGAUUUACUUUUUGAAGUAGCUAGUGAUCACUUUUUGGAGAGACAUAUUCUUGUUUUUGGCCGUGAGAAAAAAGCCGACAAUUGGAUAUUGUUACAAGAUGAAUUAACUGAUUAUUUGCAUGCGUUGAUUCAGUUAAACUUCAAAAUGGUUAGAUUUUUACUUGAAUCUUCUAAAAUACAAGAAACAUCACCUGUAUCUUUAGAUGUAAACUCUGUGUUAAUGAGUAAUGCUAAGCAACUUCAUUUGCCUAAAAAAUUAACACGAGGAUGGUCUAGUGGAAUUCAGGACUCACGAGGCAAAAUAUUUAUAGAGUGCUUAUCAAAUGCUAUAUGGUACAUUGAUCCACAUAUUAAAUUACUCCAAAAUCAUGCAUGUCAUAUGCCUUCUUUGUUUAAACAAUUAGCAACGUAUAAAUCUGGGUCUACUUAUAAUACUUUUUACUUUACUUCACAUCAUAAAAAAGAAAAGCUUUCUCAACAAAAAUUACUUGAAUAUUGUAAAUUAUUAGAAUAUAGUGCAAGUGAAAUAUGGGCAAGUGAAAAAUGCUGGACCGAAAUUAUUACUGAAGUAUUUAGUUUUACUACCAUGAUGCGAAAAUAUGUAGAGCAUUUGGAAAAGUCUGCUCAACUUACCUAUAGUGCACAUCAUUCUACUACAAUAGUUCGUACACCUAAUAAGUAUAGCAAAUUAACAAUAAUUACAGGAGUUUUAAAUAUUAACCCUAAAUAUAAAGCUUUAGAAAUGAUUCUUACUGAAAAAGAUUUAUAUGAGUUUAUUGAAAUUUCGGAAUUUCUUCCAUCAGAAAAUAUUGAGCGUCAUCGAUGGAUUGUAGAAUUAAAAUUAUCAUUUUCUAUUUGCUUAUAUAGUAUUAAUUAUGCUUGGCGAAUUAUUGAAUUUGAAAGUCAUAAUAAUGAGCAUGAAACUCGUAAUACUCAAACACUUGCUGCAAUUAAUGAAAAGAUUCCACAAUAUAUGACACGAAAAAUGAGAAAAACUUUUACCAAUAAAGUAAGAAUAUUAAAAAUUCUAUCAAAAAACUAA